AAAUUUUGCUAAUAGCAGCCACAGGUACAAAUACUAAAGCCAAAGAUACUACACCUAACAACUUCGCCCUGCAAAAGCUACUUACAACCUUUUAAGACCCGAUCGAAAAAUCCUCAGAAACCCACAAAACCGAAAACUAUGGAUUUCUCCGACAGCAACAUGUGGCGUGAUCUUUUACUUCAAGCAGUCCUAAUUCUAGCUACAGUUUUCAUGUUCCUUUUCAUGUACAAUAUUCCCCAGAAAUUCUUCUCGAAGCUUCGUCUACGAAACCGAGCCGAUAUGCAAGCCAAGCGCCACUUCGUUCAAGGAGCUCAGCUUCUUUCCCAAGCCAAAUCAUCAUUCGCGAAGGAUCGAUCCGCCGCCGCUUCAUUAGCCAAAUCUGCUGAAGCCGAAGCCGACUUAGCCAUCGCUUUAGACCCGAAAGAUGCCGCAGCUCACAUACUCAAGGCUUUAGCUCUCGAUUUGCAGGGAUUUAAGACGUCAGCUCUUGAUUCGAUUGAUAUCGCGCUUUCGCCGCUCGCCGUGAAGUCGCUGUCGGAGCCGGAGAAAGCGGAUGCUUUGUUUAAGCGAGCCGAGUUGAGACUCGCUGUGAGUCGACGCGGACAAGUUGACUCGGUCGUUGAAGAUUUGACUGAGUCAGUUCGGUUGAAGGGCGAUAAUGUUAAGGCUUUUUGUUUGUUGGGAGAUUGUUAUGAGAAAAAGGGCUUAAAGGAGGAUGCCCAAGAGGUUUAUGAAAAAGCCCUAAAAGUUCAGCCCAAUUUUGCUCCUGCUCGAGAGGCACUUGAUCGAUUGAAUCCGAGUCUUGAACUCUAGUUGUGUUUUACCUUGAAGUUAAGACAAAAAUGCUUGUCCAACAUUUUGAGAAUUAGUUUAUCUUUUUAUUUACGUUCACCAUGAUUGAAAUUCAGAGUUUAUGUAUCAGAAAUACUCAGAGCAAACCAACAAGUGAACAACUAAUAUGAUGAAUAAAAUAUAUUUUGAUCAUUGAGCCUGUAGGCACAAAUUAAAGGUGAUCAACUUAGUUCUUUAUGAUGCUGCAGCCUGCCUAGCUAAUUAAUUUUUAUUAGGCAAAUAGUUUUGGCAGCCUCUGUAAGAUGAUCAUUAACAUUAUUUAGAUUGAUGACUGUAAGAUGAUGAGAAUGGUAAUUGAUCUUUUUUCCAUGUGCUUAAGUGGUAUCUGUAUUGGUGGGAGGAUACAUAUACUUGAUGGAAUAGUGGAGGUGCGCACAGGUUGACACUGCCCUUUAUAGAACCUUUAAUUAAAAGAUGAUGUGAAUAGUUGAUUUUAGAAGUCAGGACCAAAAUUCCAGCAAGGCGGCAGCAUUUGUUGGACAAAGUAAGGAUUGGCCUGCUUGACUUGGCACUAAAAGUCUAAAAAGGUCAUUGUCAUAUCUUUGAAAAACUUGGCAUAUCUUAACGUCUAAAUAUAAAGGUCACUGUUAUAUCUUGGAAAACAGCUAAUGCUCAAUUACUGCUGAAGUACCUAAGGUCUAUGAUCAUCUGGUGACUUCAAAAUCUUUAAUUUGGUGUUGACUCAUGGCUGUAGUGCCUACAUUUAACAGAGGGCAAAUUUAUUGACACUACUAUGGCUGGGGGGUUGUGUCCUAUGCUUCAGCUUCUAGGGACAUGCUGGAUACUGUUGUGCUUGAAUUUCUUGGGUUGCGACGGAAAAUUAAUGGAAGAGGAAAAAAGGGCACUUUUAGAGCUGAGGGACUCCCUUAACUAUCCCAAUGGCUCUGCUUUAAUUAAUGAAUGGGUUGGAGAAGACUAUUGUGCAUGGGCUGGUAUUUUUUGUGGCAGUGAUCCGAACAAUGAUUCACGUGUUCUUGAUAUUUUUCUUACCAAUAAAAGACAACUUGGACUUGGAAUAUGGCAUCCUGUUGACUCGAUUCACACAUCUUCAGUCUCUGUAUGCAUCUGGCAAUGCUAUUGGCAACUGGAUCAUGCCAGAAGCAUUCUGCAAAUUGCACAACCUGAAGGAAUUGGAUCUAAGUUUCAACCCUUUAAAUGGUGAUGCUCUGCCUCAUUUUCAAGUAUGCAGCCUCGCAUCUGUAGGACAGCUGUACCUUUCAGGGGUUUAUCCUAGUUCCUCUUUACCACUUCUCAGAGUGUGUGGACUAAAGAAUAUCCGGAGAUUAGAUCUAAGCAACAAUAAUCUUAUAGAUGAUAGUAUGCCACAUUGCCUAUUCAAUGAUCUUCCAUACCUUGAAAGCUUUGAAUUGUCCAGGAAUAACCUCAAGAAUUCCAAUCACGUUCUAUCAGCUUUAUGUAGACUGUGGAAUCUCAAAAGGUUGGAUUUGAGUUAUAAUUUUCUGGAUGAUGGAAGCGUACCAUCCUGCCUAUUUGAAAAGCACUCGCUGCUCGAAAGUUUAGAUAUUUCACAUAAUAAUAUCAGGGGUUCACCUGGUUUCUUUUCGGGUAAUGCUGAAAUUUUUAGAAUUUCUUUCAAUUCCUUUACUUUCUGUUCAAUGAUGAAAUGGAAUUCACUGAGCAGGCAUCAGCACUAGCAUGUCUUUUCUAUCUAUGAGACAUGGUUCUCUGUCAGGUUUAUGAUCUUCUGAUGAAGUCCUCAAUAGAAAUGUUCUACGCCUGGUUCUAGGAUGAAAAAAUCUUUGACAAAAGUUUCUACUAUGCUUUCCAUUUGUUGUUAUAGAAAUGCAGGGUAAGGUUGCGUACUGUAGACCUUUGUGGUCCGGCCCUUCCCCGGACUCUGCGCAUAGCGGGAGCUUAGUGCACCGGGCUACCCUUUUUUCCAUUUGUUAUUCAUCCAUUGCUAGGGCAACUUUUGGAUUUGAAAAGCCUAGUAAUAUUUUUUUUGUUGAUAAAGAAGCCUAGUGUUAUUGUUUUUCUAAAUAUGCUGUUCUUAUUUUCCCUUGCAAAAAAACUAUUUCUCGUCGAUGACUCUUCCAAUAUUCUGUUUGAAUCAUCAGAAUUGCAGUUAUUUUCAUAUUCUAGCAUGCCCUGAAUUUAAUCAACUUAAUUGGGACAUAUUGGUCUCUAGUGUCAACACUUUUGCUUGUUGAUAUCAUAUUUUAAUUUUGACAGUCUUUCACGCAAAGAGCGUUUUAAUUUCUGAUGUGCCUUUUUGUCUAGUGAAGUUCUGGUCUCGGACUCACAGUCUGCCCAAAAGGUAGAAUCAACAUUUUGCAUCUUUAGUGUGACUGACAAUCCUUUUUUGGUGGAGAAUAUCUACAAAUUUUAGUUCAAUUUCCUGAUUCAAAAGGUUGAAGGUAAAAACCUAAUUGUUGAGUUGAAAACUGACCUGCUCUUUUUUUUCUUUUUGCCCCUUUUGUCAAAAAAGAAAAAAAAAGCAAAAAAAACAAUGUGAUGAUCAGCAAUGUAAUUAAUCUGUCUUUUGCUCUAAAGCGGAUCAAGAACAUUGGACAAAGCUAAUAGUUGGUGUCUUCCUUUGAAUAAUUAUUCUGACAACUUGCUGAAAUUUACUUCUGUCAUGCCAGAAUUUGAGCCAAAAGCUGUAUAUAUUUUCUGCAUAACAAUGUUAAAUUUCUGCUGGAUAUUAACUACUUGUUACGCUUUUCAGGAAUCUGUAAACUUAGGAACCUGCAGGUGUUAAAUCUCCAGGAUAACCUUAUCCAAGGGUGGACUUGAUCCAUGCUUUGGUGGAAUGAGUUCCUUGGUUUCUUUAGAUCUUUCCUUUAAUCAUUUGGAGGGGAGUGUUUCUUCUUCCAUAUUCAGCAACCUGACUUCACUCGAGACCCUCCUUCUUUCAGACAAUCGGUCAACCUUGAAUCCAUUGAUCUUUCAAUUAACGAGUUCAUAGUUGACAGUGAAACUCCAUCUUGGGUCCCAUCUUUUCAACUUGUAUCCCUUAACCUACGAGAUACUAGAUUAAACCAGAAAUAUGGCCACGUAAUUCCAACUUUCACUUCCAAACAACACAAGUUGAAGUCCCUGUCUUUGUCCUAUAAUGCCCUUCAAGGAAACGUUCCGUCCUGGUUGUUGUAUAACAAUACACUUCUUAUGUUGUCUUUGAGAGGCAACCAUCUGUAUGGUGGAAUUCCUGCAUCUUUUCAGUUUCAAGCAUCAAAUCUUCUGAUGCUUGAUGUAUCAGAUAAUUGCUUGGGCCGUACACUUCCCACUAACGUGCUCGAGUUAUUUCCAGACCUACGCUAUCUUAACCUGUCAAAUAACGCCCUUGAAGGCAUCCUUCCUUCAUCUUUUGACCAUCUGUCAAAGUUAGAGGUCCUGGACCUUUCUGACAACUUCCUGUGGGGAAAACUUCCUCCAACUUUAAGGCAAAAUAACACUUCAUUGGCACAUUUAGUUCUUUCAAACAACAACUUUCAUGGGGAGGUUAUGCCCCAAUUUUUGAAUAUGUCAAAUCUUGCAUAUUUACAUCUUCAAAAUGAUGGAUUUAUUGGAGUCCUCCCUGAUGCUAUGUUUAACCUUCCUGUUCUGAAGGUCAUGGACAUUAGUGGGAAUUAUUUGUCAGGAAAUAUUUCAGAUUAUUUUCCUCGGUUUCCACAUCUGGCCAUACUUCUCUUGGCAAGAAACCGAUUUCAUGGGACAAUUCCAUUGUCUUUGUGCCAGAUGCAAAAGCUUCAUAUUUUGGACAUGUCUGCAAAUUUACUCUCUGGGGUUUUACCUUCUUGCCUUGUUAACAUAGCCGCGUGGAUAGAGGAAUCUGAAGUUAUACUCCAUUCCUUUAUGUGGUUAUCACCCUCAUAUACUAACUACAGAGUCAAAGUUCCUUUAACAACCAAGGGCAAUGCACUCUCUUACGAAUGCAUCCCUCUUUCUCAAAUGACUACACUUGAUCUAUCUAUGAACCGUUUUACCGGUGAAAUUCCAUCACAACUGGGAGAACUUGCAGCCCUUCAUUCAUUAAACCUUUCUCACAACAUCCUAUCUAGCCAUAUUCCAGAAUCUUUCAGGAACUUAAUAACUGGAGAGUUUAGAUCUUUCUUAUAACCAGCUAGUGGGAAAAAUCCCUCGUCGGUUGGCUCAACUUGAUUCCCUUUCAACUCUAAAUUUGACUUUCAAUCAUUUAUCAGGAAGAAUCCCGUUCGAAAACAAAUUUGUCACUUUUGCAGCAUCUAGUUAUAGAGGUAACAAGGAACUCUGUGGACUUCCAUUGGAAAAUGAUUGUGUGCUCCCGAGGCCGCCUCAGCAGCAUGAAGAAGAAGAAGAAGAAGAAGAAGAGGAGAAGGAAGGAAUUGGUGAGAGUGACUUCUUUUUCUUCUCAUGCAUUGCUGUUGCUUAUGUUGUGGGAUUUUGGAGUGUCAUUGCUCUUCUUCUUAGUAGGAAUUGGCGCAGGACAUAUUAUGCUAAGGUUGAUACUUGUAUUGAAUUGUGCAAGGAGAAGCUUCAUCUUUUCUAAAUCUUCUUGAUAACUUGUGUUUCUUGACAUCUUUUAUUGUGGGAUAUGAACUUUCAACUUGCUUUGAUGAACACACUGUGGGAUAGUUGCAGUGUUUGGUGAAGAGUUCAUAAGUUUGACGAGAAGUUGACUUCGGUGUUAUCAGACUCCUAUUGUGGUUUAGGAACUUUGGAUAGGUUCAUUUAGUUUAUUGAAACUAGUGUGCAAAGUUUGGUUGUGAUCCGGAAUAUUUAAGGGUGAUUCGGACGCGUUUGGCGAAGUUGGAAUGCUUGAAACUUAAGAAAGAGUUCACAAGCUUGAGAAGAUCGUUUCAAUUCACGAACUUUGGUUAAGAUUGGCAAAUAAUGUUUUCUUUAUUAAGACUGAAACAUCUUGGUAGCUAAAGGAAGAUAUUAUCAACAUUGCCAGUCGGUUAAUUUAGAUAAUUGACAUUAUUUAAAAAAUUGAAAGUUUCGCGUCUAUUUUUAAAUUCAUAGACGACAAUGUCUUGCAGUUGAAAACUGAAACUUAAAUUUUCUGUAACCCAUAGUUCAAAAGCAUACUAAAAUUUGUUUCGAUCUUA